CGACCGAAGGUCGUGGUUUCUCUCCCUGUAGCUGACCAAAGUGGGAGGAGAAAAAAUGUGUUUCAUUUAAAAAGCAUUUUGCCUAGUUUUGUUUAUUUCUGAAGAAAAUGGAUUGGAAGAGGUUGAACUAGGUGCAUUAAUGAACAUGUAUCUCCAAGUACCAUGUCUGCGCUAAAAAGUCACUAAGAAGCUGCUGUCAAAAUAAGGAAUAAUAUUUAUAAAUCACAUUUGUUCAGAUUGUUUGUAUUUACCUUAUUUAUUUUAUUUUGACAUUGAAUCCGGAAGUAAAAGUAAACUAUCCGCAUAGUUUAUCAGCUCUGAUUGCCUUUGAUCAUAGGUAAUCGCGUUAGACUUGCAUACGGUUUUCAUAGACUAGCUACAAUUACCGAGGCAUUGAUAUGUCUUUCUCCGUUGAAGAUUUGAGAAAGACGUUGCCCAACGGCAAAAUGGCGGAGUUUCAGGAAGUCAUGCGACAGCAGCUGGAGACCUCCAUGCACAGGGAGCUGGAGAAGCUCCUGUCCACGGCCAAAGGAAAUGAGGCGGAGGUUUCCAAAAAGGACUUUGAAGGCUUUAAGGAGCUUUUCCACCGAUUCUUACAAGUGAAGGGCCCUUCUGUGGACUGGGCGAAGAUUCACAGGCCCCCCGAAGAUUCGAUCCAGCCCUAUGAGAGGAUAAAGGCCAAGGGGCUGCCGGACAGCGUGGCGGAGAGCCUGAACAAGCUGGUGGUGGUGAAGCUCAACGGCGGCCUGGGCACCAGCAUGGGCUGCAAGGGCCCCAAGAGCCUGAUCAGCGUGCGCAACGAGAACACCUUCCUGGACCUGACCGUGCAGCAGAUCGAGCACUUAAAUAAGACCUACAACACAGAUGUGCCCCUCGUUCUCAUGAACUCUUUCAACACCGACGAAGACACCAAGAAGAUCCUGCAGAAGUAUACGCACCAUAGAGUGAAGAUCCACACCUUCAACCAGAGCAGGUAUCCGAGGAUCAAUAAGGAGUCCCUGCUGCCGGUGGCGACGGACCUGGAGAUGACGGGGGAGAACGCGGACGUCUGGUACCCCCCGGGCCACGGGGACAUCUACGCCAGCUUCUACAACUCGGGCCUGCUGGACCAGCUGAUUGCCGAGGGCAAGGAGUACAUCUUCGUCUCCAACAUCGACAACCUGGGGGCCACCGUGGACCUGCACAUCCUCAACCACCUGAUGAACCAGCCCAACGGCAAGCGCUGCCAGUUCAUCAUGGAGGUCACCGACAAGACCAGGGCCGACGUCAAGGGCGGGACGCUCAUACAGUACGAUGGCAAGCUGAGGCUGCUGGAGAUCGCCCAGGUGCCCAAGGCCCACGUGGACGAGUUCAAGUCCGUCACCAAGUUCAAGAUCUUCAACACCAACAACCUGUGGGUCUCCCUGCAGGCCAUCAAGAGGCUGCAGGAGCAGAACGCCAUGGACAUGGAGAUCAUCCUCAACCCCAAGACCAUAGACGGUGGGCUGAACGUCAUCCAGCUGGAGACGGCGGUGGGCGCGGCCAUCAAGAGCUUCGACAACGCGCUGGGCAUCAACGUGCCACGCAGCCGCUUCCUGCCGGUGAAGACCACGUCCGACCUGCUGCUGGUCAUGAGCAACCUGUACAGCCUGGAGGCCGGCUCGCUCACCAUGAGCAAGAAGAGGGAGUUCCCCACCACGCCCCAUGUCAAGCUGGGCAGCUCCUUCACCAAGGUUCAGGAGUACCUGACCAGGUUUGAGAGCAUUCCAGACAUGUUGGAGCUAGAUCACCUGACCGUCUCUGGAGACGUCACCUUCGGAAAGCACGUGUCUCUAAAGGGAACUGUGAUCAUCAUCGCCAACCACGGAGACAGGAUCGACAUCCCGGCCGGAGCCGUGCUGGAGAACAAGAUCGUUUCGGGCAAUCUGCGCAUCCUCGACCACUGAGGCCUUGACCACAAACCCCUCGAUUUCAGUCAUGUGACCCAGAGACAGUUUCUAAAGGCAAUCAUGCAUUCUGAACCAUAGCAGAAUGAGCGGGUGGUGGCAUUCGGUUUUUUAAAUGUUAUUUUAACUUUUUUUAUUUGUCCCUCUUCAUCGAUGACCAAGUUUACACACAUCUACCAUUUAUGAUAAUGACUGUACAGCCCCUGUGGUUGUGUUCCUCUUCAGAGAGUACAUGGUCAGUAUUUUUCUCCUUCUCGUAGCGUGUGUCUCUCGAUACGGUACUGUGCAUUACUGUAGGUUUAACCGCCAUGUGAAAACACAAGAGAAUAGCAGACUCCAAAGCGGAAGUUACGGAAAGCAAUAAGUGUUUCAGCUUUAUGUUUUCCCUCAGCAGAAUCCCAGUUCUGUUCUGAACAUGAAUAAAGUGCAAUAUGGGUUCUACGUA